UUACCCUGACUUUUACAUCCUAAAUUUCCCUAAAAAUCUAAGCCGUCCUACUUUGUUGUUCGGAUAGUUGACGAGGAAAUAAUCUCUCGACUCAUUGUUCUAUUAGGAUUGUACGAAAUUUCCCUCUCAUUCCUUCCUGAUUAGGAAAAGAUUACAUCUUUAUAUAUAUAUAUAUAUAUAGAGAGAGAGAGAGAGAGAGAUCCGCUUUACUCAUAAGGUUUGCAUCGCCAAUUGGGAAGUUUAAGAUUAUUGCAGCCUUGAGUGCUAUUAGGGAAAUAAACACGAUGAGUUCAAUGAAGGAGUCAGAUUGGGCGUUCCUUCUAAAUAACUUACUGGAUAUGACAAUGAAGGAGUCAGAUUGGGCAUUUCUUCCAAAGAUCUUAUUGGAUAUGAUUCUAGACAAGUUGGUUUCGUUUUCUGAAUAUGUUCGAUUUGGUGCGGUUUGCAAACCAUGGCGGUAUGUGGCAAUGGAUAACAAACUUAAAUUCAUUCAAAAUAAGUUUUUGGGACAAGUUCCAUUCUUGAUGGUGCCUUCGAAAGAUAAUAGUGACGAAAGGCGUAGUCUAUACAGCAUCACUCAUAAUAAGCUAUAUGAUUUUCAGUUACGAGUACCCUACAUAAAGAGGCUUUCUGGUUCCUCACAUGGUUGGCUGUUUACUGUGGAAGAUUCCUUGGCUGUAACUCUAAUGAACCCGUUCUCUGGAGCUACCAUUGAGCUUCCUCCAAUUACAGAAAUCGAUCCUCCUCUUCCUGAGUAUGAUGAUGGUACUCCUCAUGAGGUUGAGUUUGAAGUUAGAAGGGCUAUAAUGUCAGCUGACCCUGCUUCGUCUCCUAAUGACUAUAUUGUUACCAUCAUCUAUAGUGGUUGCAGUCACUUGGCAUUUAUUCGGGCAGGUGAUGAAGCUUGGACUUACAUAGAUAAAAAAAGAUUUUUGUCCAUCGAAGAUGUCAUUUAUUAUAAUGGCCAGAUUUUUGCAAUUGAUUAUCAAAGUAGAGUCCUAAUGAUUGAUGUUAAUAGAAAGGAUGGGGAGAGUAAGGUUCCGCAGGUAGAGGUAGCUGAACGUGUGACUCGUCCGGAUUUUGAACAAAUAUAUCUUGUCGAAUCAUCUAAUGGGGAUUUACUUCUUGUAAAAAGGUUUUUAGAUGAAAACGACGCUAUAGAGCAUACAACUUCAGGGUUUAAGGUUUUUAAGUUGCUUUUAGAGCAAUUUGAGUCACUUGAACUGAAGAACUUGGGCGGAGACACUCUGUUUGUGGGAGAUAACCAUUCUAUUUGUGUUUCAGCUUCCAAAUGGCCUGGAUGUCAGGCGAAUUCAAUAUAUUACACAGAUGACUAUACUCACAUUCAUUUCAAACCUCCAUCUGGGCGCCGAGACAUUGGUAUCUUCAACAUAGAGAAUGGAAGCUUUGGAACUCAUUACAUCCUUGAUCCUUCACACAACCAUAUGCCACCCUCAAUUUGGAUUGUGCCAACUGUUUUGGGAAAUUUUGUUUAGAGUUAAUUUGGGUUAGUUUUUUUUUGCUUAGCAUUUUUAUGUGGUAAAAUAAUCUAUUUUUAUCUCUUGCUGUAACAAAAUAUGGGAUCAAGGGCUUGAUCAUAAUAGAGGAUCUGAGUUUGGUUGAAAGUAAA